UUGGAUAAAUUUAGCGCCAUCUCUAAAAUAUUGUUUACGUUUAAUUUUCUAUAUACGUAUUUGCAAUUAUAGAAAUUUGAUAGGAAUUAAUAUUAUAAGAAUAAUAUUAUAAGAUAAGAAAGUUUACCACAGAUAUCAAUGAUAUAUAUAUAUUUCUUUUGGUCUCUGUUUGUGAACAGAAAAUUUUUAUUGGAGAAUGGUUCUGCUAACGCGAGUUUUAGGUUAUUCGAGUAAGCUACCAAGGAAGUAUAAACGCACAGGAUUUAUUGACAGUUUACGCAUUUAUGUAGCCGCUGGUUCUGGUGGUUCUGGGUUACAUCGUUAUGGUGGUUUAGGCGGAGCUGGAGGAAAUGUAUGUGUUGUUGCAAAAGAGGGCUUAACGUUAAGAUCUGUUAAAAAUAAGAUAGAAAAUGUAAAGUUAAAAGCAGAAUCAGGAGGUGAAAGUACCAAAAAUGGAAUUAUUGGAACACCUGGAAAAGAUUUAACUAUAACGAUUCCAACUGGUGUGACUGUAUAUGAUGAUAGUCGCAUUAAACUUGGGGAACUAAAUUCUGAAAAUGAGACAUUAAUAGUUGCAAAAGGUGGGCUAGGAGGAAGUGAAAAUACAGGAUAUUGUGGACUUAAAGGUGAAAGGCGUGGCAUAAUACUUGAUCUUAAGUUAAUUGCUGAUGUUGGUUUAAUUGGUUUCCCUAAUGCAGGAAAAAGUACACUUUUAAAUGCAAUUUCAAAAGCUAAGCCAAAAAUUGCUGAUUAUCCAUUUACAACUAUUAAACCACAAAUAGGUAUUAUAAAAUAUAAUGACUACAGACAAAUUUCUGUUGCUGAUUUACCAGGUUUAAUUGAAGGUGCACAUGUAAAUAAAGGAAUGGGUUUUAACUUUUUAAAACAUAUAGAAAGAACAAAAUUACUACUAUUUGUUAUAGACAUUCAAGGAUUUCAGAUUUCUGUUAAACACCAAUAUAGAUCUUGUUUAGAAACUAUACUUCUAUUGAACAAAGAAAUUGAGCUAUAUAAACCUGACUUAUUAGAUAAACCUGCAAUGAUUGUAAUAAAUAAAAUGGAUACAGAAGGAGCAAAUGAAAUUUAUAAAGACAUUGAACCAAAAUUAAGUAAUUUAUCAGAAGCUUCCUUAAAAUUUGAUGAAGCUAUGCAGCCAAAGAAGUUUUUGCAAUUUGAUGAUAUUCUGCCUACAGCUUUGAUUAAAAAAGACGCAGAUGACGUACAACGAAUCAAAGAAAAGAUACGACAUAUUAUAGAUAAAUAUGAAGAAACAAAAGCUUCUGAUCAAAGUAACGAAUCAAACGAAGAUCGUUUAUAUGAAAAAUUGAAACGUCAAAUAAAUCGACAUGCACCUACGCUUAUAUAAUUUUUUGUCGUUUUAAAAUCAGAAAACCUUUUGAAAGGAUAUAAAAAAAAAUACCAUUUUGUAAGUUAAAAACAAUGAUGUAAUAACAGGCUCUGAUCAUCUUACAAAAAUGUAACAGUAAAUGUUAUCACUUAAACUA